AUGAAUGCCACAUCAUAUUCAAAUAAAAGCGGAUAAGGAGGAUUUGGAAGGAAAUCGUAAAUAAAAGAGUAUCAGAACAUGGAUAAUAUAGGUUAUACUUCUGGAACGCUCUCAGUAGCUAACGGAACUUAGUAGCUUGGUCAAAAUCCAGCAAGUUUGAAAGGAAAAUUAUAAAAUUUAGAAGAAACAACAAAAGCAGUUUCAGAUGAAUUAAGCAUGCACAAAAAAGAGUUAUAAAUUUUGAAAAGUGAAAAGGAUACUUUGCAACAAGUUUUAAAAGUAAAGACAGAUGAUGUAUAAAAUACCCUGACCAACGAAUUAAAGCGCCUUGAAGAUGAAAUGAGACGACACUUUAAUCAUUAAAAGGCUGAAACUCAUCGUAUCUAAACAUAAAUUAACACAUUAAAAGCUGAAAAAACUUCUUUGGCUCAAACUCUAAAUGGCCUUGAGCAUAGAAUAUAAGACUUAGAAAUGAAUGUAGGAAAUCAUGAACAUUUUUGA